CGCGGCGCCCGCCCGCGAGAAGGGAGACGGCUGGCCGGACACAGCCUAACCGGCUGGGUUGCGGGGGCGGGCGUUUAGGGGCCAUGGGCCAAUCGGCGUUGAGGCCGGCCGGCUACGAGCCAAUGCUGUAGGAGGAGCGGGCGGGCUGUUCGAAGGGGAGAGCGUUAGGGUGAGAGGUCUCAUUGAUUCGGUGGCUGAAGUAGCCCCAGAGAGUCGCCGUCGUCCACGCUGGCUUGGCCUCGACUUGUGGCUGAGAGCCGCCGCCAUGUGGAUCCAGGUGCGCACCAUGGACGGCAAGGAGACCCACCGGGUGGACUCGCUCUCCAAGCUCACCAAGGUGGAGGAGCUGCGGCUGCGGAUCCACGAGGUGUUCGGCGUGGAACCCGACCGGCAACGCCUCUUCUACCGGGGCAAACAGAUGGAAGACGGACACUCCCUCUUUGACUACAGUGUUGGAUUGAAUGAUAUUGUGCAGCUACUUGUAAGACAGAGACCUGCUAUGCUUCCUGCUAUUAGUAAAGAGAAGGAUUUGGAACUCUCAGAUACAGACUCUGGCUGUGGCUCCGGCCAGAGUGAAUCUGAUAAGAACUCCAAUAACGGAGAGGGUGCAAUGGAGUUGGAGUGUCAGCCUAGUACAGUAGCUCAGGCUGACUGGGUUGAUCCAGGUUUUGGACUCUAUAAGAUCAAUGAGUUUGUAGAUGCUCGGGAUAUGAACAUGGGAGCAUGGUUUGAAGCCCAGAUUGUAAAUGUGACCAGGAAAGAGAAGGCAGAAAAUGAGUCCAGUGAUAGUGAUACAGAGUCUGAACUGCAAUCAACUGCUGCUGAAGAAGAUAUCCUAUAUCAUGUGAAAUAUGAAGACUACCCAGAGAAUGGAGUUGUAGAGCUGAGUUCAAAAGAUGUACGUACUCGGGCACGGACUGUUUUGAAGUGGCACCAAUUAGAAGUAGGGCAAGUGGUGAUGGUCAACUAUAAUCCUGAUGAGCCAAAAGAGAGAGGUUUUUGGUAUGAUGCAGAGAUUUUGCGAAAACGGGAAACUAGAAUGAACAAGGAGAUGUAUGCAAAGAUACUGCUUGGGGAUGCUGGGGAUUCCUUGAAUGACUGCAGAAUUAUCUUUGUGGAUGAAAUUUACAAAAUUGAAGAACCUGGUAGUGUUAGUCCAGCUAGCAACAGCCCGUUAAAAAGGCAGAGUGGACCAGUGUGUAAACAUUGUAAAGACAACCCAAACAAGACCUGCAGGAUGUGUGCCUGUCAUGUGUGUGGAGGUAAACAGGAUCCAGAUAAACAGCUAAUGUGUGAUGAGUGUGACAUGGCUUUCCACAUCUACUGUCUCAACCCUCCUCUCAGUAGCAUACCAGAUGAGGAGGACUGGUAUUGCCCUGAAUGUCGGAAUGAUGCAAGUGAAGUGGUUUUAGCAGGAGAGAAGUUGAAAGAAAGUAAAAAGAAGGCCAAGAUGGCAUCUGCUAAUUCAUCCUCUCGGAGAGACUGGGGCAAGGGUAUGGCAUGUGUGGGUCGCACGAGAGAAUGCACCAUUGUACCCUCUAACCACUAUGGACCAAUUCCUGGGGUUCCAGUUGGCACCAUGUGGAAAUUCAGAGUCCAGGUGAGUGAAUCUGGUGUUCACCGGCCCCAUGUAGCAGGUAUACAUGGCAGAAGCAAUGAUGGUGCUUACUCUCUGGUCCUGGCAGGAGGUUAUGAAGAUGAUAUAGACCAUGGAAAUUCUUUCACUUACACGGGGAGCGGUGGUCGUGAUCUUUCUGGAAACAAACGUACAGCGGAACAAUCUUGUGAUCAAAAACUCACCAACAUGAACAGAGCUCUGGCUCUGAAUUGCAGUGCUCCCAUCAAUGAUAAAGAUGGAGCAGAGGCCAAGGAUUGGAGAGCUGGGAAGCCAGUCAGGGUGGUGAGGAAUGUAAAGGGAGGCAAACACAGCAAAUAUGCUCCCUCAGAGGGAAACCGAUACUAAGGACCAUACGUUCUUCCUUUUUAGGUUGUGAAAUAUUGGCCUGAGACGGGGAAAUCUGGUUUUUUAGUGUGGCGUUACUUACUUAGGAGGGAUGAUGAGGAGCCUGCCCCCUGGACCAAGGAAGGGAAGGACAGGAUGAAAAAACUUGGCCUAACAAUGCAGUACCCUGAGGGGUAUUUGGAAGCUGUUGCAAACAAAGAUAAGGAGAAGGAGAAGGAGAAAGAGAAUAAGAGAAGAGAAGAAGAAUCUGAAUAUUUUUGUCUUUAAAAAGGUUUACAUGCUCUUUUAGGUGAUGAGAUGAAGUUUCCCAGCUCUCCUAGAGGGACUCCAAAGAAGACUAAAGUUGAGCCAUACAAGCUGACAUCCCAGCAAAAGACCCUUAUUAAAGAGGAUGAAUCCAAUGAAAAAUUAUGGAAUGAAGUACUAGAAGCUCUCAAGGAUGGACCAAAAUUCCUGAAUAAAGUGGAAGAAACCUUCCUGUGUAUUUGCUGUCAGGAGGUGGUAUUUAGGCCAGUCACAACAGUGUGCCAACAUAACGUGUGCAAGGACUGUUUGGAUCGAUCCUUCAAAGCAGAUGUGUAUAGCUGUCCAGCUUGUCGCUAUGAUCUUGGCAAAAAUUAUACUAUGCAGGUGAACGAAACACUGCAGGCUCUCCUAACUCAGCUCUUCCCCGGUUAUGGCAACGGACGGUGAUUUUGUAAAGCACUUGUAACUUCCUUUGUUUAAAAUUGUUAAUGGAUUUUCAGUGGGCUUAAUUUAAAGAAAUAGUCUCCUUUCCCCUAUAAAGUUUUAAGUCUUCCUUGUUAAAAUCUAUAAACUUUGCAAAAUUUUUUGUAUGUUUGUGGGUUUUUUGUUUUUGUUUAAAUGUUGGACUUUUGCGUUCAUUUUUUUUCUAAAACCUGCCGUUCUUCAGCACAGUCUUUUUUUAUUUUUUUUUAAUGGAAUUACAAACUGCUUCCGGUAAGGCUGCUAAAGGUCAUGAUAAAGUUCUCAAUGUUCCCUUUAUUUUUUUAUUCAGAAAAUGGCUUAUUUGCUUAGAACAAUCUUUAUGAAGUCUUGGAUUUGGCCAUAAAAGUAGAUCUGGGCAUCUCCAUGGCAGCAUUUUGAUGCUCCAGUUGUACAAGAUGGUUCCUGGCUUUUGACGUGUGACCAGGUUAUUUUUUGAUAACCUUUCCCUUCCCUUGUGCUUGUAUCAAAUUUUAUUAAAAGCCAUUCCCCACCAGUUUUUUAUACAAAAAGCCUUCAUGCAUUAGCCAAGUAGUUGGGGCAAUAAGAACUACUACCUCAGUUGGACUUGUCUCUUACUUAGGGAACUAUUUGUUCAGCCAGGUGCUGUCUUCUAUCCAGAAUGACAUAGUAGAACAUACUAAAGCCAUUUUUAAGUGCCUUUGGUCCUUUUUGGGAAAGACAGGGGUCUGAAUUGCCAAUCUUUUUAAGCACUGAAAUGUUUAAAUUGCCAGCCGGAUUUCUUUUGGGUAAAACAUAACACUGUAGCUAUAAGUCAUUAGUGUGGAGUUGCAAACUUUAAGGUUUUUUCCUGAUGCUAGGUGUAUCACCAUAACAUGCAUUUACUUGGUUUUCUUGUAUUUCUACCUGGAAAUGAAGAAUAAGAUUCUGAUUUUUUUUUUUAAAUUAAACAUCUUCUGAUUGUACAUGAGUCCAGGACACAUUAGUUUUGUGAACGGAAUGUCUUUUCCUAACAGUACCAAAGCUAGCAGUUUAAUACCUCGACAUACCAGGGACUUUUUAAUUUACACUUUACUGCACACAGACUGGAACAAAUGCUGUUUUUUAACUCUUACCCUUUAAAAAUUAUAAUGUUAAUAUGUUAGGAAAAACGUUUUUAUAGGUUUUUGCUGAAUUUGUCAACUUUUGUACUACGUGCAAGUUGAAGUUCUCAAAAUAAAUCUCUUCAGAUUAAAAU